AUGGAAACCAAAAUAGAUGCAAAGAAACAAGAAGGUGCAAGGAGGAAAUGUGGGUAUGUCAAAGGGUUUGGGGUGAGUAGUAUGGGCUUAUCAGGUGGUAUGGGCUUGUGGUGGAGAGAUAUUCGAGUAAAAGUGGUGUCUUACUCAGCAAACCAUAUUGCAGUAGAUGUCUUGGAUGAGAAUGAUGUGGUGAAAUGGAGGGUGGUGGGUGUUUAUGGAUGGCCGGAGAGUGUUAACAAGAAUAAAACGUGGUUUCUUAUGAAGAGCUUGCGACAUGAAUGUCCUGAUAGGGUCAUAUACUUUGGGGAUUUUAAUGAGAUUCUGAGUGAUGAUGAGAAACUAGGAGGUGUUCAGAGAAACGAAGGUUGUAUGGAUGGUUUCCGUGAGGCUAUUGAUAGCAUAGGGGUUCGGGAUUUGCUUUACAAGGGGAAUAAAUUUACAUGGCAACGUGGGCUGUCCAUUAAAACGCUCAUCCAAGAACGCCUAGAUAGGUUCCUAGCAAGUAAUUCGUGGUGUAAUCUGUUCCCAGCGCACGAAGUAAUCCAUCUCCCAAUUAGACCACAACGUUCGGACCAUGCCCCUAUACUUCUGAAGGCGGGCUUGCGUGAGGAAAAUAGAAGGAAAAAAAGACUCUUUCGUUUUGAGGCAAUGUGGCUGUCAAACCCGGAGUGUGAGAAAGUUUUGAAGGAGGCAUGGGAAAAUGCUAUCACUGGGAACUGUCGGAAGAAAUCGAUAACCUCCAUCUACUUGAAGAGUCGUAUUGGCAUGCUAGAGCUAGGAAUAAUGAGCUCCGUGAUGGGGAUAAAAAUACCUCCUAUUUCCAUCACAAAGCAAGUGCUAGAAGGGCAAAAAAAUACGAUUGUGGGUAUCGAAGAUCAGAGGGGUAGUUGGGUGAAGGACGAGCAGGGUAUCCAGAAGGUAGUAACAGAUUACUUCUCCCACUUGUUCACUUCAGAAGGGGUAGCUAAUUGCCAGGAGGCUCUGGAAGGAGUUCGUGUAGCUGUUACAGCUGGAAUGAACGACGAGUUAUGCAAGGAACCAACGUUUGAGGAGAUUAAAACGACACUCUUUGAAAUGCAUCCAAAUAAAUCUCCGGGGGUAGACGGUAUGCAUGCUCUUUUUUACCAGAAAUUUUGGCACAUUGUUAAAAAUGAUAUUGUGAGUUUUGUCAUUAAUUGGUGGCAUGGUUUUGUGGACAUUUCGAAAGUUAGUAAGACAUGUAUCGUACUCAUUCCUAAGUGUCAUGAUCUAAAAAAGAUUACCGAAUAUAGACCAAUUAGUCUGUGUAAUGUGUUAUAUAAAAUUGUGUCAAAAUUCCUGGCAAACCGGCUUAAACCAUUGUUACAACAAUUAAUUUCCCCUCAGCAGAGUGCGUUUGUUCCCGGGAGACAAAUCACUGAUAAUGCUCUAAUUGCUUUCGAAGUUUUUCAUGCUAUGAAAAGAAAAAGGGAGGAGAGACAUGGUACAAUUGCAUUGAAAUUGGAUAUGAUGAAGGCCUAUGAUAGGGUGGAGUGGGGUUUUAUUGAGCAGACCAUGAUAAAAUUGGGCUUUGAUAUCAGUUUUAUACAGAGAAUUCUGAACUGUUUAUCCUGCUACUCUUUCAAAUUCAAGAUGAAUGGCGAAUUGGUGGGAGAUGUCAAGCCUCAACGUGGACUCCGGCAGGGUGACCCUAUAUCCCCGUAUUUAUUUUUAUUGGUUGCUGAUGCUUUCUCCUGUUUGUUGUCAAAAGCAGUGUUUGAUAAUGUUAUCCAUGGAGUGAAGAUAUGUAAUGGAGCUCCCUGUAUUUCCCAUUUAUAUUUUGCAGACGACAGCAUUUUAUUUGCCAGAUCUACUGAUGUAGAAUGCAAGGAAAUUGCCCAUAUCCUUAAUGUAUAUGAGAGUGCCUUGGGCCAAAAAAUAAAUCUCCAGAAAUCGGAAGCGAUUUUUGGCAGGAAUGUUCCAGAACCUCAAAAACAGGCUAUAUGUAACCUGUUAGGGGUCAAGCAAGUUAACAGGCAUGAGAAAUACCUAGGUAUACUUACGGUGAUUGGGAAAUCCAAGAAGGCUAUCUUUGCAAAUCUGAAAGAUCGAAUAUGGAAAAAGUUACAAGGAUGGAAGGAGAAAUUGUUGUCAAGGGCGGGGAAAGAGAUUCUCAUUAAAGCUGUAGCUCAAGAAAUACCAACAUAUUUAAUGGGAAUUUUUAAAAUCCCGGAUAGCCUGUUAGAGGAAAUCCAUGGUAUCCUAGCUCGGUUUUUGUGGGGAAACGGAACUCAGAAGAAGAUCCACAGGAAACGGUGGGAAGAUUUAUGCUUACCAAAGGCAAAAGGUGGCAUGGGCUUUAGAGACCUCAAGGUGUUUAAUCAAGCUCUUCUGGCAAAGCAAUGUUGGCGGUUACUUCAUGGAAAAAACACCCUAGUAUAUAAGGUGUUAAAAGCACGAUAUUUCAAAACUACGGAGUUUCUGGAUUCGUAUAGAGGCUUUUGUCCGAGUUACACUUGGAGAGGUAUAUGGGGAGCUAAGGCGUUGCUAAAGGAGGGCUUACUAUGGAGAGUAGGAGAUGGCUCAAGCAUCAGGGCUUGGAGGGGUAGUUGGGUUCCAUGUAAUGGAAUGACUGUAACUAUUGACCCUCCUCGUAAUGGUCUUCAUGAUGGAGAUCUUCGGGUGGCAGCUUUAAUUGAUGAAGAACGUAGAUGCUGGCAGGAGGAGGAGCUAGCUUUGCAUUUUAGGCAGGAGGAUAUUAAAAAAAUUCUGUCUAUUCCGUUACUUCAGGAUGCUGGGCAAGAUAUGAUUUUCUGGAGUUUGACAACUAAUAGAGCAUACUCGGUCAAGUUAGGGUAUUGGGUUGGCAUGUUGGGGAGAGCAACUACGAGUAGUGUGAUUAGGGAAGACUUAUGGCGGUGUAUCUGGAAGAUGAAUGGCCCCCCUAAGCUCCGCCACUUCCUAUGGCGAGCAUGUAAUAACACUUUGGUAGUUGGGGGUGAAUUGCAAAGGAGGCAUAUAAGCACCUCAAGGAUAUGUCAGCGAUGUAACGAUGAGGAGGAGUCUUUACAAUAUGCUCUAUUUUUUUGCAACUCUGUAAGCGAAAUAUGGGAGCAGUGCAGUUUCUGGAGGGAUGCCCAACACAGGGUAGGAGGGAAUUUUGUAGAGACUUUCACCAAUAUGCGUGAUCUUUUGCCAAGUCAGGAGCUAUGUGUUUUCUCAACUCUGGCCUGGGCAGCGUGGACUAGCAGGAACAAGUCAGUGUUUGAGGAAACCACCCACAACCCUCAACAGUUAGCUGUUCAAUUAGUGAACUAUGUACAUAGCUAUCAACAAUAUCCCAAGAGAGUGAGUAGUGUAAAGCAAAAACAAAGCUCUCGUAGUAGAAAUAGCUGGAAAAAACUGAGAGAAGGGGUCACUAAAAUCAAUGUGGACGCUGCUAUCUUACACAAUGGGGAAGUGGGUGUUGGUGUUGUUGCCAGGGACUACAGGGGAGAGAUCUUGUUUACAGGUGCAAGGAGAUACAAGGGAAGGUGGGAAGUGAAAAUUGUUGAGGCCACUGGCAUGCAAUAUGGGAUCGAGCUUGCUAUCCGACUAGUAUAUGAGAAGAUAUGGCUAGAGAGUGAUGCUCUUGGGAUUGUGCAACAGUGGCCCAUUUACUUUCUAGGUCAUGUUUAUCUGGCACUGAGGAACAUGUAUUGA